AUGGCAACUUCUUUAGAUAGUUUUAACGACCUCAAAGAACUAGGGAUCGAUUGCGAAGAUAGCGAUUCUUUAACAGACGCAUUUAACAAAGCUGCUAAUCACCUACCAAAUCUUUUACCCAAUGUAGAUAAUCACACUCUUUUAUCUUUGUACGGUUACUAUAAACAAGGUUCGCAAGGACCAUGCAAUACACCUAAGCCAAGUUGGUUUGACAUGAAAGCUAAAUCCAAAUGGGAAGCGUGGAGUAAACUAGGAGACAUGCCUCAAAAUAAAGCCAAACAGAUUUACAUCGAAACUAUAAAAACUUUAGACCCGACUUUUAACGUUCCGGAAAAGGAAAGUUGGGUUUCUGUUUCCGUACCGCAAAAUUUAGAAGGAUUCAAAGAAGCUAAGGAGAAAACUGUUGCUGAUUUUGUCAAAGAGGAAAAUUACUUGGAAGUUGCUAAACUAUUGGAGUCACCAUCAAUAGCAAAGGAUUUGAUAAACAAGCUUGAUGAAGAAGGAUUGGGUUUGAUUCAUUGGGCUGCAGAUAGAGGAUCGGUUGAUAUUUUAGAACUUCUGUUCAAGUGCGGUGCCAAUGUCGACCUUCAAGAUUCCGACGGGCAAACUGCUUUACACUACGCUUCGAGUUGUGGCCAUUUGGAAUGUAUUAAAAUACUUUUAACUUGUAAUGCAAGACGGGAUAUCGUCGAUGGAGAAGGUUUGAGUCCAGAGGAUGUAGCUUGUGAUGACGCUGUUAAAGAAUUGUUAGUCAAUUUUAAGUAGUCUUUGUUAUAAUAAAUAUCUAGCUAAAUAAA